AUGAGCUCAAGCUCCCCUGUCGCCGAUCGGCGAAAAGCGAGGUCCAAGAACGGAUGUUUGACGUGUCGCAUUCGCAAGGUCAAGUGUGAUGAGCGAAGACCGCCGUUGAGUGCGAGGGGACAGAAGGGCAUUCCGAGCCCCGUUGGGUAUGGAAGUCCACGACUUCUUGCGUCGAGUGAAUCGCCGCGUACAGAAACUGGCUCUGCGAGUCCGGUUGACUUUAUCUCGCCGGGGAGUAGUCUUGGAUCACCACGACCUUCACUAUCAACAGCUCAUAUCGCAUUAGCCAACUCACUUCAUCUAACUCCAGAGGACAAAGCGGCGUUUGCAUACAUUCCCCAAUCGAUAAUGGUCUUGAGUUACGGAAAGCUCUGGCCAUGGAGUAACUUCUCCUACAUCUACACUCACAUCGCAAGCCAAUAUCCCGGCGUAAUGAGAAGUUUCAUCGCAAUCGCCAACAUGGAACUUCGCGCAAAAGACUUGCUCAUCGCACAAGACGCUAUCGAUCCUGCCGGAGCGUUGGAAAGAGCGAGUCGACUCGGCUCUGCUGCGACGGUGCAUUAUUCACAGGCUUUGCAAGACUUGUCAUCUUUAUUGAGCCAUAUUUGUUCAACGGCGGAGCAGAGCUGCGAUGUUGAUGCGCUGUUCACUAUGUGGUUUCUCAUACUGAGGUAUGAAGCUUAUGAUUCGGAAACUACUGGCGCAUCGCUUUUGCAUUUGGAGGGAAUCAGAUCUUUCUUGAGACCUUAUUUACAAGGCGAAGGGAAGAAACUACCUUGUGUCGCGCAAGGAAUGCUUUUAUACACGUUAUAUCUUGAUGCAGAUUCGGCAACAGGCAACACAAGCAGCGGUCAAUUCUGCCUCGACUUUCUAUCCCGCGACGCCCACGACUACAUCUCGCACGAACAUCUCUUUCUCAGCGUCCGAUCAGCCCUUCCUAAAAUCUGGGGCGAGCAAUACCCCGUAUCUGAACUCGUUGAUGAUCUGGAAAAUUACCGCCCGUUACGUCUGUAUCAUUUAUGUCAAGGAGCCAAGCUGGAGCUUCUGAGAUUAGCGAGAUCGACGACGCGUGAAGAAGGGAGUUUAAAGAAGCUAUGGGGGAAUGUUGAGAGCUUUGGUGAUGUGAGUAGCGCGUGA